AUGCGCGCAGCCGGCAUUGCGGGAGUUGAAAAGAUCGUGGUGGUCACCAACCGCGACCACUUUUUCAAAACGGCUUGCGCAUUUGAAGAACUUGGUCUGGAAGGUAUAAGUUGCACAUAUAUUCUGGAGCCGGAGGGGCGCGAUACUGCCGCUGCAGUCGCCGUUGCCGCGCUUCACGUGCGGGACAUGCACGGGGUUGACGCAGUCAUUUUGGUGUUGCCCGCCGACCAUUUGAUCCGGGACAUUGAGAUGUACAACCAGGCAGUCAAUCAAGCCGUUUCAAUGGCCAGGGAAGGACAGCUGGUCACAUUCGGCAUUCAACCGACCUACGCAGAAACCGGAUAUGGCUACAUCGAAUCCAGCGGAUCAAAAGUCAUUCGUUUCGUUGAAAAACCGGAUAUGGAAACUGCAGCGUCCUAUUGUGCCUCGGGGCGACACUUGUGGAAUUCAGGCAUGUUCUGCGUGACGUGUUUUACAUUGCUGGAACUCUUGCAAGAGCACGCCAACGAUAUUCUGUCUUCGUGUGAGCUAACACUUGCUGCUUCACCGCAAAGCCUGGUCCCCAAUGGAUUCCAGAUCAUGCUCGAUCAUUCCUCGUUUUCACUUGUGCCCAAGGCGUCUUUUGACAUUGCCGUUGUGGAAAAGGCGGCCAAUAUCGGCGUCAUCGCAUGUGACAUCGGUUGGAGUGACAUUGGUUCGUGGAAUGCGAUAGCCGGACUGACCGCGCCGGAUGUCAAUGGCAACAGGAUUGAUGGUCAGGCAGUGAUGAUCGAAUCCGAAAACUGUUUUGUUCGAAGCAAUGGCCGCACAAUAGGCAUGGUCGGAGUCAAAGACCUGAUUGUUGUCGAUACAGGAGAUGCGAUCCUGAUUGCCGAUGCCGGCCAAACACAAUUGGUCAAGCGGAUCAGU